CCAAAAGAAGAGUGUAAAAUUUUUGCAAAAAAUCAUUAUGGGUAUCUUUGGAAAGGUCUAAUGGCCUGCACAAACAUAAGACUUUUGUCCGCGGACUUUUUUUUCCGCCAAAAUCUUGCCAAAAUAUAUCGCUGAAUCACAGUGCUGAAUGUAUGAGACUUAAAAAGAGAUGUGAGUUAGAUUUGAGAUUAUAAAGAAAAUGUCAUAAGUCAUCAUUAUUAUUUAAAAAGUUAGCUUAAAUUAGAAUUGAAAUAAAGAAAAUACGGAAAUUAAGCAAGUGAAGAAUAACUUUCUAUUUUCAAGCACAAGGUAUUCAUAGAAAAUCGUACCUAUGUUAAGAUGUUCAAAAACUAUAAAGAUAUCUGUGAUGUUGUUUCCGUUUUGGUGUGUUGUCCAACCGAGAAAACAUUUCUGCUCUCCAAAGAAACCAGUGGGGAGUUCUGGCUACCAUGUAGUAAAACAGAAAAAAACUGCUGGAAGAUGACAGCCCAUAAGAUCACAUUCGAGUUGUUUGGUGUGGACACUGGCUCCCAAUGCGUACCGCUGAGAGUCUACAAGAUCUGGUUACCCAACCAUCCACAGGGUUGCGUUUAUCACGCGAUCUACAAAACCGUAAUUAAACACGAAACUAAAAAAAGGAUUAAGAUUAAGGGUAUUCGCAACCGCGUGCAGUGGUUAAAUUCGGCGGAGCUGGAACGGCAACGCGCUCACUCCAUGCUGCGGAGCCCUGAAGUAGCCAACUUUGUGCAGAUGGCCACUGCCGAACUCACUAAAGAGACCGAGUCGGAUAUGGAUAAUGGAACGGUUAUAGAAAUUUGCGAAGAGAAUGUCGUUGUAGGAAUGGAAGGCAGUGGUGCGGUCUCGCUUACUUUGCCAAACUGUCAGUUGUUGCAAGCAGCCAAUUAUACAAAGGAAGACCAAAUACGCAUGUACCGAGAAUUUAUCGUAAUGGUGUUCCCGGCGUUAUACAUGAGCCCUCACGUGUUCUCCCAGUUCAUGAUGGACCUCGGAUGGCAGAGGUCACAAUGUACAAGCCUGUUCAGAGCGGCAGACGUGACGGGGCGUGGAGGUCUCUCGUUUGCAGAACUCGUAUUGUGGAUGGCGGCAUUAGAGCCAGCAACACAACAUUCUGGUGUGCCAGCUGAAAUUCGGUGCCGUUAUAUAUUCAGAUAUUUCGACAGCAACCGGGACCUGAAGCUAGAAUAUGUGGAGUUCAAGGAGCUGGUGGCAGCGACCCGGGCUGCCAGGCAGCUGCCAGUGGACGCUCUGAGCGUCGCCAGAGAUGCUGACGUCUGCCUCAGACAGUUGGGUAUGCAACCAAACACUCAACUACCUCUGGCUGAGUUUCUAAGAGGGGUGGGAGAAUUAAGAUUACGCGGCACAAGUUCCUUACUCCGCUCUCCGAAAAGCAUCGCUUUAUAUCUCCAGGAUUUGCAGGAACGGGAUCGCGAGCUAAUUAGACAAAAUGCGAAUACAGCAAAGGUGAACGCUCAAACGAGCACUUCUUCGGCGAAUACUAGGGUCGGCACAGUUACGUCAAGCGCCGGCGCCGGCGCAAGUGGUAUAGCUGCGAUGGCGCGCCGUACCGACUACACCCUAGCAGUCUACACAGUUCGCCUGCACAAGCGGACACCCAAUGAGUUCUUAGAGCUCUCACAUUAUGAUGAUGCAUCAGUAAGCACGUCCUCGAGUCGGCUGUUGAGCAGUGCUGUAGCCUCGCUGGAGGCGCUGGGAUCGUCUUCCCUGCCAGUGGAGGCGCUGGCUUCUGUGCACUAUUUCGCUGCGCCGAUGGAAUUCACCAGUGCUGCACGUGGGUGGGGCAGGAAUACGCUGUUGACUGUCAAGUCGGCUUGGUCGUGGAGCAACGCUACGGAGGAGUCGGCGAUGGGCUCCCUCUUAUUGAAGCUCGCUGAAGCCGUGAGACCCAUCUGCGCAGCUGAGCCCAGGCUGUUGCGUCUGGCCUCCCCGGUCUACGCUAUCGGAGAUUUACAUGGCAACUUGGGAGCUUUGCUGACAAUGGAAUCAGCGUUAUGGCCGUCGGGCACUGCGCUUGGGCCCGCCCGCUUCCUAUUCCUUGGCGAUUUUGUGGACCGUGGUCCGCACGGCGCGGAACUGAUGGCUUAUCUGCUGGCCGCCAAGCUGCAGAGGCCCAACGCUGUGCUAAUGGUGCGCGGAAACCACGAAACCAGGGAUAUCCAGAAAAUGUUCACGUUUUACAACGAAUGCGUAGCCAAAUAUGGUGAGACUGACGGCCCCAAAGUGUGGAACGCAAUCAACAAUGUGUUUGACGCUCUACCAUUAGCAGCCGUUGUGGAUGAUAAGGUGUUCUGUUGCCAUGGUGGCAUACCACCGCCCUGGGUGUGUCCACUCAUCACUGCGAUUGACAAAGUCCCAGUGCCGCUGACGAGACCGGCCGAGCAGAGCUCUAUUGCGUGGGAGCUUCUGUGGAAUGACCCCGUCAAACCUAACAAGCUGACGGCGACUUUGGCGCUGGAACUGGCUUCAAACGAGGGGUUUGCAGCGAACACGAAGCGCGGCACCGGCCACGUGUUCGACCAGUCUGCCCUUGAUCGCUUCUUGGCUGCUAACCAGCUGUCACACGUGGUGCGCGCUCACGAGCUUCACCAAAGUGGAUUUUUGUGCCAACUGCGCGGUAAGUUAAUAUCUGUCUUCUCUUCCUACCGUUACUGCGGAGCUACAAACGAUUCGGGCAUCGCACUGCUCGAAGACAACAAGAUACGACUGAUCAGAAUCAACACCGACUUUUAAGACAACAGUCGAAUGAAUAAAAUUGUUUAAUUUAGUCAGGAUGUCACAAAACAUUCUCACGUGAAAGGCAUUUCCCAUUGUUGUUUAUUUUUAUUUUAACUGAUUUAUUUAUAUAUAUUUUUAUAGUUUAUUAUUGAACAUUUAGUGAUCGCUUACACAAAGUUUUAAAUUAUACUUUGACAAACCACAUUUUAUUGACACCUCUAAUUUCGGACGACUGGAAAAGUUUAAUAACAAUUGCUUCCCUUUCAAGUGGCAAUGUUUUAGUAACAAUGAUUUUUGAUUUUGCUAAUAAUUAAGCGUUCACAUGUUUGGUUUAAAUGAAAAUCUUUGUAUGUCGA